CUUACGGAUGAGCGGGAGUGGAAACAACAUCGAAAUUUUCCAACUUUGUCAUUUCCGUCACAACUGGACAGCCUGCGGUAUUUUGGGCAUAUCUCCAACGUUUCUUCACGGAAUUGUAAACCGUUUGAUUCUGUGGAUUCUUAAGAUGUAAGGCUAUAACUUUCGUAUAGAAAGUAUUUCGAAUUAACAGAUGUAAAAUAGUGUAAAUUGGACCUGAAGUCAAAGGAUAGUUGUUGUCCAGGAUUUUGGAUAUGACGAUGAACAACGAUUCCGACGAUUAACUCAUUAACUUCAAUAUUCCAACACCGAACCUUCUCUACGAUACCUUCCGGAUGUUCCUAAUAAUCGUCAGAGAGUUUAUGCCUAAAUAAUCUAGGUAAUCGGGUUCUUCGAACAUGUUUGAGUUCUUCCAGCAGAUGGCUGGAGCACAUGCACCUCCACCACCACCUCCUGUACCCAACAUCUCGAUUGAGAAACUCAAAAGGAAUGGAGCCCAGGAAUUCUGCGGCGACCAGAUACCAAAUCCUCUGAUAGCCAAGCGUUGGCAAGAACGCAUUGUGAGGGUACUGGAGAAUUUGAAGGUACCUCUCGAGGAUUGGGGACAACACGCCAUAUCCCUGUUGCAGGAUGCCGCCUAUGAUUGGUGGAAGCGAGUGGGCACCAACAUUCCCGUGUCGGUACCAUGGGAUACCUACGUCGAGACCAAAUAUAAGGAAUUCUCCAAAUUCACCCAGGGGAAGCUGGCUCUUCCCGAGUACCGUCAGCAGUUUGACGGGUUGGCCGAGUUUGGUAAAGACUUGGUCAACACCAUGGAGAAGCGCUGCAAGAAGUUCAUCAAGGCUGCAUACGAUCAAGCAUUGCUGGCAGAAAGUCGGGCUGUCCAAUCGGGCCCGAAAAUGAGGCAUGGUAGCAAGAGGACCUUCUCCGCACCGAGCAACUCUCGCCAUGAUAAGCGAGCGAAAUCUACUCCCUUUGCAUCUGUUGUUGUCACUAGUAAGAGCGGGAAGGAGAAAGUGGCAUAUCAUAAUCCUAUAUGUUCACUCUGUGGCUGCAGGCAUUUUGGUGAGUGUUGGUUCAUGCUGGGACUUUGCCUCUGGUGUGGUCAGGCAGGUCACUUCCGGAAGGAUUGCCCGACGAACCCAGGUGAGGUCUUCUCUACAGCACCAGGCACGCUGACUCCUCCUACUGUCCGACGGGCCAAGCCUACCCAGAGUCAACGUUCCACGGCUGCUUCUAACCAGCCAAAGAGGCCAACACCCAGUCAGCAACAAGGACGGGCACCAACUCGAAAGGUAUUCUUAGCCGAUCUCAUUGAACUCCCUCACAAGGAGUUUGACAUUAUACUUGGCAUGGACUGGUUGACAAAACACCAGGCUAUUGUUGAGUGCAAGGAACAAGUGGUGAAACUUCGUACAGAUGACGGUAACGAAGUGAUCAUUCGGGGAGAGCUUCUGCCGAAAGCCCCGGAAUUCAUCUCUUAUAUGCAAGCAAAACGGCUCAUUCGUAGAAAAUGUGAAGCAUUCUUGUGUACUGUUAAGGAUAUACAGAAGGAAACACCUAACCAUAAGGACAUAUCUGUGGUUUGGGACUUUCCUGAUGUAUUUUCUGAAGAACUUUCUGGUCUACCUCCUCCAAGGGAAUUUAAGUAUGAGGCUGAGGCAGUUCCACUCUGUGGUGUUGCUCCGCCGAUGAUCAUUCAAACAACCCAUCCCGCCGGCAAAAAACUUCGCUGUGAUGAUUCGGGAUUUCAGGAUUCUGAGGUGAAACUUUGCUGAAAUUGGCGUGGCGACUCGGUAAUUUUCUGAAAUUCCCAUUUCCUGAGAUUUACUGUGUAGCAGCCAUCGGCGAUUCACAUCUUAGUCUCCGAAAGACCGCCAAAUCUGAGCCCGUUGAGGAGGCACUUUGCAGGUUUUUUUAGGGUGGUUGAUCUCCCCACAUAAGAACUAUGGCAUAACGUUGUAUCAACAACCCUAGAAGGAUGUUUGUUUGGUGCUGGAUUAAUUUCCCUUGAAAAUGUGAAGUUAACCUGAUUAAUUCUUGGGUUGAUGGAUUUAUGGGGUUAGAAUUAUCCAAAUGCCACUCAAACUUCCCUGAUUUAUUAUAUAUAUAUACUCCCUCCGUUCCAAUUUAACUUCGUUGUCGUGGUGAUAUCUUGGCUUAGACUCUUCAUCCUAGACUCGUAGUGUUAUGGUUUUCCCAAACAGGCCCUAAAUACAGCAAUCAUAGAGUAGUGAGUACAUUACUCUAAACACUAGAGAAUCUAGAGGCUGUGAUGAUCACCAAUUGAAUUCAAGAGUUUCAAUCAUGACCCGUGUCAUGGCGUGGCAGAUGAAUUUCUGCAGCCACUGUGGGAUUGGUUGUCACAUAAUCUGUUUGAGAAAAGGCGAAUCUGAGCCGCAUAACAUCUAUCUUUCAAUAGGAUUUGAAUUGGAUGAAUUCAUUUCCACCACUUUAUUCAAUGAGCUUAAACGCAAUUAGUGUCUUUUGAUAAUAAAUACCUUUUUAACUAAAGCUUCAUUUGGCAUUAGCUUGAGCAUAUCGAUAGGACUAAUUGGUUUUUUUUCAAUUCAUAGUGCUUAUUUUUUUAAUGAACUUCCAGCUUUAACCCUUUAAUUGUUUCCCCCUCUAAUCCUCCAGUCUCAUCAUUCACUAUAUUCUUAAGACUUGUUUGUGUAUCUUUCUCGAGCCUCUUAUUCAGUUAUUCAUUGAAAAUAUAAGUUUGAAGUUCACAAGUCAUUUCGGAACCUUGAAAUGAGAAGCUUACCAAUAAUUUAGGGCAUUUGCAGGUAUCACGUGCUACCAAGUGCAGGCUCCAAUCUUUGUUAUCAAUUUGCGAUUAAAGUUUAAUUUAUCUUCUUUCAAUAACUGUAUGAUUGGAUUUGGGAGCCUCGAGUAUGGGGCUCAUUUUUUUUAUAGCAAAGCAUGCUAUGUUCAACUAAGAGUUGUUGGUUUCAGAAGGGU